AUGUCAGGUCAGAUUGGUCUUAGCAGUGUCACCCCUGACACGUCACACAGGAAGAGCAUUAACGCAACUCCGGGUCUCAGGAAUCGCUUCCCAAGAGGUAUCGUUCAAAUCACGCCCGACGAAGCCACCCACACGAUGAGAAAGAAAGAAGACAACCCCCUGGUGACAAUACUAAGUAGUCUUUCAAUCAAAUAUCACCCAGAACAUAAUAGCGGAACGACAGAUCCGAAGAGAGACGUAUCAAUAUAUCAAUCAGGUCAUCGUAUCACCAUCACCAUGAGCAAAAUCCCUAGCCAGUCUAACAUUUUGCCCCGGCCAUAA